AUGAGUGACAGCUAUUCCUGUGCUGUUACAGGAUAUGAGGAUUUCCCCUCUCCUACAGUUUAUGCUCCAAAGCUUCCCUCUGUGUCAGUGAGUCCCUCUGGUGAAAUCAUUGAGGGCAGUUCAGUGAAUCUGACCUGUAGCAGUGAUGCUAACCCAGCAGCUAAUUACACCUGGUACAAGGAGAAUGAAGACUCACACCUUCAACCUCUCAGUAAAGAACCACAGCUUGCCUUCAGCUCCAUCCAGUCCUCUGACUCUGGAGAGUAUUACUGUACAGCUGAGAACCAGCUGGGGAAGAGCACAUCUAAAUACAUCUUUAUUGAUGUGAAAUAUGCUCCAAAGCUUUCCUCUGUGUCAGUGAAUCCCUCUGGUGAAAUAGUGGAGGGCAGUUCAGUGACUCUGAACUGUAGCAGUGAUGCUAACCCAGCAGCUAAAUACACCUGGUACAAGGACAACCAAACACUGUUUCAUGGAUCAGAAGGAGUAUAUAAUUUCACCUCCAUCAGCUCUGAGGAAAGAGCGAUGUACUACUGCAUAUCUGAGAAUCAAUACGGACAGAUCAACUCAUUGUCUCUCUUCAUAGAUGUGCUGUAUGGUCCAAAGCUUCCCUCUGUGUCACUGAGUCCCUCUGGUGAAAUCACUGAGGGCAGUUCAGUGACUCUGACCUGUAGCAGUGAUGCUAACCCAGCAGCUAAUUACACCUGGUACAAGAAGAAUGUAAAUCCAGACCUUCAACCUCUCAGUAAAGAACCACAGCUUGUCUUCAGCUCCAUCCAGUCCUCUGACUCUGGAGAGUAUUACUGUACAGCUGAGAGCAGGAUGGGGAACAGGACAUCUGAAUACAUCCCUAUAAACGUUAAAUAUGCUCCAAAGCUUCCCUCUGUGUCAGCGAGUCCUUCUGCUGAGAUAGUGGAGGGCAGUUCAGUGACUCUGACCUGUAGCAGUGAUGCUAACCCAGCAGCUAAUUACACCUGGUACAAGGAGAAUGAAGACUCACCAAAAGCAUCAGGACAGAUCUUCACCAUCACUGAUGUCAGACCUGAACACGGUGGGAAUUAUUACUGUGUAGCCCAGAACAGAAGAGGAAGUCAUAACUCCACCUUACAUCUGACUGUUGUGAAAGAUGGUCCAAAACUACCCUCUGUGACAUUGGACUCUCGUCUUGAAUAUGAGAACGUCUCAGACUUGCAGGUCGUCACUGCAGCACAGACAGAAGACACAGAGGAGCAGGAAGACCUGGAAUGUGAGAUUGACAAACGGAUUGGUGUUAACAUCAACACUGAUGAGGGUGUUGUAGUGGACCGUUAUAUGAAGAAAGAGCUGAACCUGAGGGCGAAUUCUCAGAAACAUGACUCUUUCAAUCUUUGUGAAACAUUGAUGGAUGAUCCCCCAGAUACAGCUGAGCCAGAGCUGGUGGCUGCCUGUGCGGUCAAUCCUGCAUUUGACAGUGUGAAGGAUAACUUAUCUGUUGCCUCUAAACUUGAUGAUCUGACAUUGUGUAACCUCUAUGUUUCUGCUAAAGCUCCAUGGCAGCCAGUUUUGCCUACUCCACCCGCUGCUGCCCUGCCUCUGAUCCCUGGAUCCAGCUCCCUGUGCACUGCCUUCCCGUUUUGGACCUUGCCGCACCCACCUUCCCUGGAACCCUCACCCUAG